AUGACUACAAUAUAUGUGAUAUGCAGACAAGAUUUUAAAACUUCAAUAGAUUCAAAUAACAUAUAUUCGCAACAACCUCAACAACUAACGUUACGAAAAAAUAUACCAAAUCGUGGUAUAUCAAAUAAUUUUGACCUCACAAAGACUUAUGAAAAGUUCGUACAACCAUACAAAGAAAAAGAUCCAGACAGUACUUUGUUUCCUUACAUCAAAAAUUUACCUGGCAAAUUAUUGGUAAAUAAUGAUAAAACACUUAGAAAAGUUAUUAAUAAACCAACAAGUAAAUGGGAAGAUAAAUUUCAAAUAGACGGUGCAACAAUCGAAAAAAAGCUUAAAUCAUUAUAUAUACGAGGCCCUAUACAAGGGUUUAAUCCAUCGGAAAUUGGUUUAGAGGAUAAUAAUAUUAACAAAACAUCAACGACUUCAUCAACUACUAUUAAUCAUCAUUUAUACAUUCAAGGAAACUGUUUUGAUCAACAACAAAUUGCGUCAAAUAAUGAAGGAGAAGAUAAACUUUAUGAAAAGAAAAAGAAAAAGAAGCAUAAGCAUGAUGAGCAUGAUGGUAAACGAAGACACAGACAUGAUAAAGAUGGAGGAGAAUACAAGAAAAAGAAACGGAAGAAAAAUUUUAUGAAAUUAUGUGCAAGCGGAUAUUACGAUAAUAAUUUAUUUCACAGGGUUUAUGGAGAUCCUACAGGAACAGGAAAAGGGGGAACAUCAAUAUGGGAGAAAAAAUUUCCUGAUGAAAUUAAAUCUUCACUAAAGCAUAACACUAGAGGUAUUGUUUCUAUGGCUAACAGUGGACCUGAUACAAAUGGAUCACAAUUCUUUAUAACAUAUACUAAAUUACCACAUCUUGAUACAAAAUAUACAGUGUUUGGCAAGUAA